AUGGCUUCGAACAAUGCAGAAGAUAUUGCCGAGAAGGCCACUGGAGCUAAGCUUCAACACAGUCCAAGUGCAACUUCUUACCGUCUCGGCGAUCACAAACCUGUUGAGGACAGUGCUGUUCGCGAUUUCUACGGGAGUGCUGUCAACGAGUCGUAUCGGUUAAAGUCUGAACUUGUUGCCCGCCAUCUCUCAGAGAUUGGUACUGGAAAAUUCCAAUGGAUCCUCUUCGUCGUCAACGGUUGUGGCUGGAUGGUCGAUAACUUCUGGUCCCAAGGCAUCACCGCCGUUCGUCCCCCGAUCAUGAACGAAUUCGACGACAUAACAAGAAUCAGCUUCAGUUCAGUGGCUUACUACGUUGGCCUGAUUGUUGGAGCCUUCUUUUGGGGAACCGCAGCCGAUGUUAUUGGCCGCAAGCCUGCUUUCAACUCUACCAUCUUCAUCGGAGCAAUCUUUGCUUGUGCAGUUGCUGGAGCUCAGGACUUCAUCACCUUUUGCUCUCUCUGGGCUGUUAUUGGUACCGCAGCUGGAGGCAACGUCCCAGUUGACAGUAUUGUUUUCCUUGAGUUCGUCCCACAGAGUCAUCAGUGGUUGCUCGUCACAUUGUCUGCCUGGUGGAACCUUGGACAGCUUAUCGUGUCUCUUCUUUCAUGGGUCUUCCUCGCAAACUUUGCUUGCAGCAGCCCGGAGGGAUGCCGCAGACAGGAUAACAUGGGAUGGCGGUACGUCAUGAUUACUCUCGGUGGCAUCGCUCUUCUCCUUGCCUUGGUUAGACUCUUCGUCUUCAAGAUCCCCGAGUCGCCCAAAUAUCUCCUCUCCAAGGGACGCGACGCAGAGGCUGUCGAAUCGGUCAACUACAUCGCUCGUUAUAACGGCAAGCCUGAGACCCUGACACUCGAGAUGAUGCAAGAUAUCGACCGCCAAAUCUACUCGUCUGCGGUGGUCUCAUCUACCGGCGAACAGGUCCACGCCAUUCCUGAUCAGACCGAGAAGAAACUUUCUAUGAAAGACAUUCUCAGAGAGAACUUCAAGGACUUCAACAUGAGCAGUUAUCGCUCGCUCUUCGCCGGCCGCAAGAUGGCUCAGCACAGUGCAGUCACGUUCUUGAUCUGGCUUACCAUUGGAAUCGCCUACCCGCUGUACUUUGCCUUCAUCACUUCUUAUCUUGAGUCCAAGAAGGAUUACACUGCUAGCUCGUCGUUCAACCAUACAUAUAUGAUUUACUGUAUUGUUUCAGCUGUCGGCGUCCUCGGCCCAAUCUCAGCAGGGUUUUUGGUAGAGACUCGAUUCGGCCGCAGGUGGAUGAUGGCCAUCUCUGCCGUUCUCACUGGCGUCUUUCUCUUUGCAUACACAGCUGUUGGCACUGAAGCCGCCGAUAUUGGAUUCCAGUGUGCUACAGCUAUUCUUGGAAACUUUGAGUACGCGGUCAUGUUUGCCUUUACUCCAGAGUCUUUUCCUGGACCGGUACGAGGCACUGGUACUGGUAUUGCAGCUACACUUCUCAGACUUGGUGGUCUUGUGGCAUCUUUUAUCUCGACAUAUUCUGGGUUUUCAGUCGUCCCCAUUUACGCGAGUGCGGCGCUUUGGAUCGUGGUCGGCUUCUUCUGUGUUGGUCUUCCUUACGAAACACAUGGACAUGCCUCUCUCUAGAGUCAGGAUUGUGGUAUUUGUUUGAGAGAACAGGCAUCAUAUUUUAAGUAGUAAAUAUUUUCCAUCAAU